AUGACUCCCUCUCGCACCGCUCCUCUCCUCCUCAAUAACAGUAACUACUCGACAUGGUCAUUCCUAAUGACAGCCAAGCUUAGCAAGAUCGGAUCCCUUGGAGUCGUUCUUGGCUCAGUUCAGAAACCGGUGAUAGAGAAAGAUAAACCACCGAGCGAAAAAUCGAUCGCUUAUGAGGAAACCAAUCGGAUGGCCUACAUCGAAAUAAUAGAACAUCUCGACGACUCUCAUCUAGCCUACGUAUCCCAAACUCUCCCCGAAGAAGCUUCGUUCUGCGGAUACUCCGUCUGGCACAUACUCAAAAAGAAGUACGCGGGAGAUGAUUACGUUUCAAAAGAUCUCGCUCUCGAAAAAUUUCUCGAUCUCGACUAUCACGGCUCUCCGUCUGAAUUCAUUGCUGAGGUUCGCGCUGCCAAUCACCUGCUUGUCUCAUCAAAGAUCGGUCUCGACGAUCAAGUCAAAACCUCGAUCAUUCUUCGCAAGCUACCCUCAGAAUUCCAGUCGUUCAGGACUGUACUCAGUGUUGGUUGCGCCGGCGACUCCGUGGCGUUGAUGCUCACCCGAUUAGAAAAGUACGCGGCUCAGAACCACCUCGAUCGAGCAUCUUCGGUUCCUUCCCAACAAGCGCUUCUCACCACCGACGACAAGUUUUACAUGUGCCCCCACUGUAAGAAGGGAUUCACCAUUUGCUCUCACUGCGACAAGGCUGGUCAUCGUGAAGCGAUCUGCUUCGAGAAACACCCCGAUCGUCGUCCGACCAAAUCAUCGCCAUCAACAUCCUCAUCCAAAACCACCACUUCAGCUCAGGCUCAUCUUGCUUUCAGUACCCCUCAUGGCUUCACUCCUGAACAGGUCGAAUCUGAACGAAACUUUCAGGCGAUGCUCGCUAACCCCGAAUUCAAGAAACUAAAUAUCAACGCCGAGUAUCGAUUAUAG